GGAAGGGCUCUAGCAGAGGAGCAGGACUGAGGAAACACGACAUAGUUGGAGGAGCAGUGUCUCAGAACGAGUGCUGAUGACUCAAACCCUCGGCGUGGCGUGAAACCCCGGAGUAAACUUCACUCACCUCGACACAGCUGAUCCCACAACCUAUGGACUCACUCUCAAGGACGCUACAGCUCCUGUUCUGAAAUGGCUAACUGCCUGCACUUGACUUGAUUUGCUGCUCCCUACUCAGUUGAAAGGAUCAGGGAUGGCAUUCUGGUACCUCUUAAUCAUCGCCUUUUGGCUCGGUCAAGGCUGUGAUGCUCACAUUAAGUGCUUCAAUGACUACAUCCAAGAUGUGACGUGCAGCUGGCCGGCCAAGCCAGACACCAACUGUUCAACUGACUAUCUUCUGAGGUAUCAGAUCUUGAGUGAUCGCAAAGGCUUUCUUGAAAUCACAAAUAUUGAGAAUCUCCCAGGAUCAGUUUGUCGAUGCAAGUUUGGGAAGCAACCUUUGACCGCUGGUACUGAGUACGAGAUCAGGGUGGAAUACAAUAAGAGUGAGAUCUUUACCACAACUUUCAGAGCUUCAGAUACUAUCAAGCCUUUAGCUCCAGACAACCUCAUAAUCAACGUUUCGACUGACAAAGACAUACGCCUGUCUUGGGUGGACAAAUAUAAGAAUGAAUAUCUUAAAGAUGACAUUGAAUAUGAAGUUGCCUACAUGAAGACAGGAGGGAAUUGGAAGAUGGUCACUGCUUCCAAUGAGAGAUCGCUGCGUCUGAAUCCAUUUCUGGAGGUGGGAUACACCUACUACAUUAAAGUCCAUUCCAAGACAACAGGCAGCUAUAAAGGCACGUGGAGUGACUGGAGCCCUGUGAUCAAGUGGGACUACUAUUCCCAAGAUUGGAUUACACCUACAGUCCUUGGUGUUAUGUCCAUCCUCAUCCCACUGCCAGUGGCAAUGUGCUUCUAUGUGUAUCACUUAGCAAAGAAGUCCUGGUGGGAAAAAAUUCCAUCACCUGUGAAGAGCUCAGUGUCCAAACAGAACUUCAACAAGCCACAGAUGAAAGGAUUAGUUUUCAGUGAAAGUAAGACAGAUGACUGCAAAGUAGAGAAGAUCUCGUGCUUGACAGAAAUAUCACGGGAGACAAGCAAGGUUGAAGAUCCCACUGAGCAGCCCGGUACAGACUGCGUCAUGUUCCCUGCCUUCCAACCCUUGAUGAAGGACAUCAGGCAUGAUGAGAAGAACCCCUUUCCUCACUUCCCAGGCUUUGGCUUCCCUGUGCUGAUGGACAUCCCGUCUCUUUUUCCUCUACCUAUUGAGGAUUUGUCGCUGGUUCCUUCAGAUGCUCCAGGUUAUUCCUUGUUCAACGGCAUAGCCAAAGACCAGUGGGCAGACGAGGGGGAGGGCUACCGUCCUUUCAACAGUACUGAAGAUGGAACACUCCCAUUGACACUAUCCACGUACUCGUUGAGCCCAGGGCCUGGCAAGGAGGCAAUUCAAUCACCCGAGCAAGCUGGCUAUCAGACGUUUAACAGUUGUGUCUCCAGGCCCUGGGCCACAGUGACUGAAGGUGAAUGGGACCCCAGAGAGCAGAGCUCGGAAGUGCUGCUAUCACCUCUGGAUCCAAGUGAUGUUGAGUCAUCUGAGUACAUGGCUUCCAGCAACUGGACAUUCCCAGCAGAUGGCAAGGAGCCCAGCGGGAAAGGAACUGAUGAUCACCACGCUUCAUACAAUUUCACUGUGGCUUCUGGGAAUGACUUCUUGUUACAUCCCUUCCCACCAUUUCCUGAAAGACUACCGCCCUCAACCUUCCAGACGGGUCUUCCAGGAAAGAUGGAAUUUCAAGAACCUCCUUCCAUCCACUGGGACCCUUGCAUGUCGUUAAGCCUGGCUCCUUCCCUGUACCCUCCCGAGAAAGUCACCUUAAGCUAGAGCCAGACCAGCGGACAGUGUCAGAUGGUACAUGGUGAAUGACUAUCGAGUACAGAUCAACUAAUAAAACUAUAACCAGAAUAAUCAUAUUCAUGUUUCCAUAGUGCUAGACAUACGAACUACCAAAAGCGCAAAUAGGGCUGAAUAUAGAGGAACAGAAUUCUACACUUCACAGCAAAGGAGGACAUUCAACCCAUUAAGUCUAUGCUGGCCUACAGAGCAAGUCCCCCCUCAUUGACUGCUACAAAUGGGGUUAUUUGCAGUGGCCAAUUAACCUGCCAACCCGCAUGUUUCUGAUAUGCAAGAGGAGGCUGAAGCACCCAGAAAAGACCCAGUGGUCACAGGGAGAAUGUGCGAAUUCCACAUAGAAAUACCUGAGAUCAGGUUUGAACCCUAACUGUUGGAACUGUGAGGGAGAGGCUCUAUUAACUGCACCACUGGGUCUCCCAAAAUAUUACAAGAGAGAUAGCAGGCCUCUUUGUCGACUUAAAAGCAAGAGUAUUACACACCUAGUCCCUGGAUGUCAGUCCAAUACUCAAUCACUUUUUUAGAGAUAUGUGUAAUGAGGAGAUGGUCUUUUGCAUGUUAAUCCCCUUUGGAAUAAAAGGCAAGUGUCCACAGGGCCUCAAUACGCAGAGAAAUAGUGAAACAUGGAUAAGGCAAUAGACCAUGCAGGCAAAAGGCAAAGUACUGUAAAAGUGUUCCCAGAGACAACUCAAAGAUGCACCUGGUCUGCCCUAUCAAUCAGAUGAAGAGCUAAUUUGGCAGGCAGGAAGCUCAGAAUUGCUAAAGCAGGUAGCACAUAAAAUGUUUUUUUUUGGUCUAACAGGCCAACAUUGACAGAGAAAAAUGGGUUUAAGGACAGUGAGCCAGCUGGGACUGUUGAAUGUGGUGGGAGGGGGCUUUCUAUCCAUCUACUGUGGAACAUCAAAUAAUGGCUGAGAAUAUGAUAUUGGGAAAGAGAAGAAAAAGCACUUUCUGCACAUUCAAUCCAUAUUUGGCCAAUAGCCUGUUUGCCCAAAACCAAUCUCAUUCCUACAUCAAUAUGAGUUGCAAAUUAUCUGCUGAUCAGUAAUACUGGAGACAAGAUCCAUGCAGUUUGCAAUUAAUAUUGAAGACAGAAGUCUUUUGAGAGGCAGGACUGGGAACUGUGUUGCCUCUGAUCAUGGUAAAGCAUUUAAGAGAUAUACUGUAAUGCUCGGUAAGAAACUGUCUUCUCAACAGGAGAGGAAAUCUUUGAUUCAAAUAGUCACAUUGUAAAAGUUUUUAAAAGUCUUUAAAACUUGCAAUAGUAUUAUGAAGAGUUGUUAACUGCUUUUUGUACAAGCACUUUUCCCUAAAAUGUGCAUUCUUGAUGUUAAAACAAUAAAGCGAGUGUUUCACAUGAA